GACCGCCGUGGGGAGUGGGUGUUGUUGAUGGAUCGAUGCCGGGUGCCGCGUGAUCGGUUUGUAACAAAUAGUGGUGAAUUAACGUUCCCGAAAGGAUAAUGUGGACAAAAAAUGGGUAACUUAGCGACAGUGGUGAGACUUGGUGCUGCAUUUUUACCAUAUCUAAUGGAUUACGCUCGAGGCGAGGAAGAGUCCAGAGGAUGUGUGAUGAAAGAAGGGAAAUGCGUGAAAUGCAGAGGAGGUACUAUACUUCACCGAGGUACCUGCGUUCAAACUUGUCCAUCAGGGUACACCGAGGGCUGGCUUAGUCAGGAUGAUUAUAUGGGCAAAGUGUGCAAAGAGAGCAACUACAUGUUUGGCCUAACUGGAAGUCAGGUUGCAAUAUUGGUCGGCGUUGUGUCAGGGGCGACGAUAUGCAUCUUCAUUAUAUUAUGCGGCGUCGUAGUUGUCCACAGAAGAAAAAGAAAGGCGGCAAAGCUAGUACAGCAAUUUGAGGAUAGUGCUGAACGAAGAGAGUUUUUGAAGCAUCUAGCGACAUUGAGGGGUGAAGCAAACACUUUUCUCUCUAUGCUAAAUGAUACCAGAAGACAAGUUAGAGAAAUAUAUUAUGCCGGUAACAAUGGAGAUGGUGCUGUAGGUGUUCAAGCCUACAGGCCAGUGCUUCGUGAUCUGGCAAGAAUUUUGGUUCUCGUCAACAGAAGAGACGACGAGAUUCCUUUUCCCCCUGACGACUGGCAGAGGCUUUUGGCUUGGGCUGAAAGGUUAUUGCGACGAUACAAAAGGCACAGUUCACCUGAGGUGGCCCAGCUGGUAACGUUCCUUCAGCAACCAGCGAACUCAAUUCCACUAGCACCGCCUCAGCCGAUCACAAUCACGCAACAGACACAGCCUUAUGAGCCUAGAGCAACACCCACGAAUCUCACAACAUUCCAAGCAAAUAUGCCACUAACAACGUUUCAAGCAAGUGAAAAAUCUAGCAUAAGUCCGGCAGGUUCGAGCUUAGGAUAUGCUAAAGAUAAUCACAGCCCGAUCGGCUCGAGCCUCGGGCAAAAUAGCUGUAGCGUUUAUAAUGAAAAAUUGAGUCCAAACGGCUCGACUUUGGGUCAAACUGUUCCCCUGGUUUAUGGUGAUCAAAAACGAGGGCAGAAUACAAAUUCAAACCUACAAGAGCUAGCUGUAUCUACGUUUAAUCAUAAUUAUAAUUCGGGAGCUGCUUCACCUCAGAGCGACAGCAUCGGAAUUGAAACGGAGUCCAGUAUUUUGGACAGAGAACUAAACCCCCAGUGGGAAUUUCAGUCGCCGGUUGAAGCUGCCAAUUACACUAUUUUGUCCGAUUGGCUGCCGAAUCGAGAUUACCUCGUAGACGAUUUUACUAUUUUAGGAUUCAGACCUCAAGACGAAAUUACUACUGAGUUAUAAUUCGCCGACAGUCGCGGGUUAUACAUACAACGUACAUAUCCAUUAGCUAUUCUACUCAACACAGUGAUCGUUGAGUCGAUGAAUAUUUUCGUGAUAUUUGUUGAAAUUCAAAUUAAAUUGAUUCUAGCUGUUUUUCCCAGAUAUUUAUUUCAAAUGUUGGGACAAUAACGUUCUGAUUUUAAAUAACUUAGUCUCAACCUUUGACUAAAUAUUCAAACAAAUUGGUUGAAUCUUAUAAUCAUUGGAUCAGCCUUAUUCGACAUAUCGGACUACGUAAUACGACGAAAUAGUGAAAAUACCAAAUAAUUAUAGGACUUCUUUUGUAUAAAUAUUGAUUGAUAUUUAAUUACUGAAUAUUAUAUUGUUUUAUAUUACUGUAUAUUUAGUGUACUAGUCAGUAUAUAUUUUCGUUGAGAGCGCAACAUUCGUCCUCUUGACAAUUAAGUGUCAAAAAUUUUGCUUGUUCAUGUGAAAAGUUUCAUUUUUCUGUUAUUUGAAUCUCAUUUUUUUUUUUAUGUAACACCUGAAUCUUUACAUGUAUACUUAUUAAAUGUGUAUAAUUAUAUAUUAUAAAUAGGUAUGUUUCCCAGUGAAGCAAUGCGAUUACUAUUUUGUUUACUUCUUUUAUAUAAUAUAUGUAUACCUUAUAGGACCGUCGACGGGUUCUUUGUACAAAAUGAUGUAUAUAUACCUAUGUAAUAAUUCAUAUUUAAGCAUGAAUAUUAGGUUUAGUUAUAAUUGAUCAUAAUAUAUGCAAUAAACCGCGUACGCAUAUCAAUCUGUUCACGCGGAUGUACAUGGAAAAUAAAUGAAUUAAAUUAAA